AAGGUCAUAACCACGACUCAUGUUUUAUGAAAGGGAGCUACUUUUUCAUUUGAUUGGCUGAAUAUCAGUCACGGGAAGCCUGGCUGUAACUGGAUACUUGGCCUCUAAACGGAUUAUGUUUUUAUGUUUACGCUAGGGUAGGAUUGGAAACGCUGGAAUAGCUUGUAAUACAAUUGAGGUGUGCAGUCAUUAGGUGUGCAGUCAUGACAACAUUGGACGAUAAGCUCCUGGGAGAAAAACUGCAGUACUACUACAGCAGCAGUGAGGAUGAGGGUAGCGACAAGGAGGAUGAUGACGGGGAGAACAAGACUAUCCGCAACCCAGACGUAUUGGAGCCCGAGUUAGAAUACAGCGUUGAUGGCAGUGCCAUCAACACAGGGCCAAAGGGGGUGAUAAACGACUGGAGAAAGUACAAGCAGCUGAAGGUAGAACAAAGGCAGGAGCAGAAAGAAGAGAUGGAGAGACUCAUCAAGAAACUUUCCAUGACCUGCCGCUCUGACCUCGACGAUGAAGCAGACACCAUUAAACAAAUGGAGAUGCAAGACAAGAUCCAACACAAGAUGACCAUGCAGGAGUACAACAUGCUCCAGGAGGACGAUGAUGACGAGGACUUCCUCCAGCAGUACAGGAAGCAGCGCAUUGAGGAGAUGCGCCGGAAGGUUUACCGUGGCAAGCAUUUCGAACAGGUAUACGAGCUCAGAAGCGGCGAAGAGUUUCUGGAGGCGGUGGACAAGGAGGAUAAGACCUGCCUUGUCAUGAUUCACAUUUAUGAGGGUGAGGUGCCCGCCUGCGAGGCUAUGACAGGCAGCCUGCUGUGUUUGGCGCAGGAAUACCCUCUAGUUAAAUUCUGUAGCGUACGUGGCUCCGCUAUCGGCACGAGUGCCCAAUUCAGGGGUAGCGCAUUGCCAGCCCUACUGGUGUACAAAGGAGGAGACCUGAUUGGGAACUUUGUGCGCAUCACAGACCAACUAGGAGAGGACUUCUACGCUGUGGACGUGGAGGCGCUGCUCCAGGAGUAUGGGCUCCUGCCAGACAAACCGGUCUUUGUUGCUAAAACCAUCCGAGAUGGAGCCAUCACACUAAGUGACAACGACUCCGACCUCGACAUAGAUUAGAGAACAUAGUUUUGCACAUACAGAGUAGACCGACUACUAGAGCCUCAUUGUACAGACGUCAGAGUAGAGCUGCAAUGUACACAUUGUUGACAGCAAGGAGCCCCUUUGUACUUAUAUGUGGUUGUCACCUGCAGCUAAAAUGGAGACUACUGAAUACUCUUACAGGACAUUCAAUAGUAUGUUCUACACUACCAAAUUCAGUUAACAAAGCAGCAGUCAAUUGAUUAUAUGGUAAUGUUAAGUUUUAUUAGUGUAUACUUAGAAUUUAUUUUAAAGAUAUUUUGUGGUAAUAAGCAAGGUUUUUGACUUAAUGACUUUGGAAGCUAGAGAUGACCAUCACCUUUGGGCUAGCUUGUGCUUGGUAGCGGUAGAGAUUUUUGAAAAAGUGAGACUCAACCUGUGAUUUUGUGCGUACGAAUUUGAGACCUUGAAAGUAUAAUUCUUCAGAAUUUUUGACAUGAAGCAAUUGCAUGUUGAGUCACUCCAUUUCAAACUAACAAUGCGUGUACUUGAGAACAUGCUGUUGGCUAUCAGUGUAAUAUAAUAAAUGACUGCAAAAAACACCCAAGUUCAGCGGUAUUCAAAACUGAGCCUGGAGGUCUGAAGUACUGCUUUUCUACCAUAUAAAUUAUUUGCACCCACCUGCUGUCCCAGGUCUAAAUCAGUCCAUGAUGAGAAGGAUAUUCUUUAAUCAGCAGUGGAAAUAACUUUAUUUGAGCUUGUCACAAUGUAUUGAGUUUAUCACAUUCCCUUAAUCAUUAAAUGUACUCACAUGAAGGUUAGUUUUCACAAGUUAAAUAACGGACCAAGACUGAUACCUACAUUUUUUAUAUGCAGAGUGAGGGUUUGCAGACAUUACUCAGUGAAAAAAUGUAAUAUACAGUAGCUUUAACUUGUUUUUUGUGACAAUGCAUAGUUUUUUUUCUGGUCCAAAGUCUGUGGUGCAUGUUUAUAAAGACUUAAUUACUCUGUAGAAAAUGACCUUUUCAUAGGGACAUUUUGUUAGUUUUACACCUUUUUAUAUGUUUAAUCACUUCAAACCUGAUAAAAUGAUGUAUGAAAUAAAGAGCUUUCUUUGACUUA